AUGGCAAACGAAGUGGUCGAAAAAAUCUAUGAGAAGAUCGACAAAGAACUCGGAGAGCAACAUGUUGAAGAAGUCGUCAAAAAUUUAAUGGUUAGUGAGAACAACGAAGAUGCGAGUCGACAGCUGAUGGAACUUCAUAAACAGUGCUGCGCAGUAUUUCUCAACUAUUCCUCACAGAGACCAACUUCCCGCACUAACUCAACAAAAAAGAAGAUUUUAAAUAAAUCAUGAAAACAAAAAAUGUGUAUAAAUUUGUUUAUAUUUUAUAAAAAUCGUCAACAGUUGUUUAAAAACAAUGUUUCCUAGAGAUAAAACAUUU